UGAGGAGUGGGACGACUUUGUCGUGCACCUGACACCAUCGACGACUACCCUAUGUAUGGCUUGCUCGUGGGGUUCUCCCUAUGGGGGACCCUCUGGCGUCUCCUCUUUCCGCUAGGAUUCUGAAACACCAUGACGUGUAGAGUUGAGACGAGGGGUGAUACUGAGACCACUCCUUACACGAAAGAACAGGAGGAGGAGGCUGCAAAGAUUCUGGCCGAGCAGAAGGCCAGGAAGGAGGAGGAGGAGUUGGUAAAGCAGGCUAAGAAGUUGGCCUUAUUGGAGGAGCAAGCCGCAAAGAAGAAGAAGCUGGAGGAAGAGUUGGAGAGAUUAAAGAAGGAGGAGGAAGAGAAAUUGAAAGCAGUGGAAGAAGAAGAGGAAGAGGAAAAGGUGGAAGAAGAAGUCCCUUUGAUACGAAGGGCUAGAAGAGAGAGAGUGGAACCUAGCGGCACACAGAAGGAGGACCCAUGGCUGGAAAAGAACGUAUCUGAGUGGGUCGCAGACUUAUCCCUGGGAGAGGAAGAGGAGGCGAUGCUAUAUGUACUGAGGGAAGAACAAGAAGCAGUUGUGAAAGAAUCGGAGUCAGAAGAAGACCCUCUGCGUCGCCAGACAAUUGAAGACGAGAAGAAGUUGCAGUGGAAGUUGUGUCUGGCCAGGGACAAGAAGAAACAGUUGGAGGAGGCCAGUAAGGUGGCAAAAGAGUUGGAGGCAGUGAAGGAGCAGAGCGCACAAAUGGAGGUGCAUGCAGAUGUUCUGGGGAAGAUGGAAGUUAUGGCAAGGAACAUAGAACUUUUGGCGAGGGCUCAGGAAGAGCAAUAUCAAUUUGCAAGAAGCCAGGAUGUAACCUUGCGAUCCAUAGGAUUGGGCUUUAGAGAGUUUGCCCGCAAGAUGAUGAUGCACAUGGACAUAGAGGUGAAAGCCAGGAUGGAGAGCAUAGAGCGAUUUUGUACAGACCCAAUAGAGGGCACCGAGUUGGCAGCUCCUAGAGAAGAAGAGGCGCGUCCCCGUAGAGAUCCGGUCAAAGUCAAGCCGUGGUUAGAUAGAUUUGUGGUUGUGUACUCAGACGAUAUUCUAUUGUUUAGUAAGACCCUCCAGGAGCAUGAGGGCCAUCAGAGGCAGGUCUUGGAGAAGUUGAGGGAAGCUAACUUCAAGAUCAACGCAGAGAAGUGCGAGUGGGCCAAGACACAACUUUUGUACUUGGGCCACGUCUUAGAUGGAGAUGGCAUAAAACCUGAGGACAGUAAGAUAGCGGCGAUUAGAGAUUGGCCGACUCCCCGCACAUUGACAGAGUUGCGGUCAUUCCUAGGGUUGGCAAACUAUUAUAGGAAGUUCGUGAGGAACUUCUCUACCAUCGCUGCACCCCUUCGAAGGUUGCUAAAGAAAGAAGCAAUCUGGGAGUGGGAUAGAGACUGUACGUCGGCCCUGAAGAAGCUAAAGCGGGCCUUGAUAGAGUAUCCAGUCCUCAAGGUAGCCGAUCCAUCCUUGCCUUUUGUUGUCACUACUGACGCAUGUCAGUACGGUAUAGGUGUUGUUCUACAACAAGAUGAUGGCAAUGGGUAUAGACCCGUAGAGUUCACGUCUGCGAGGAUGCCUUCAGAGAAGGUAGCAACAUCAACCUAUGAGAGGGAACUCUACCCUCUCAGGCAAGCACUAGAUCACUCGAAACACUACUUGCUUGGGAGGCACUUCAAAUUGUAUUCAGACCACGAGACGCUGAGGUGGUUAAAGACGCAGGCCAAGAUGACACCUAAGCUUACUAGGUGGGCCGCAGAGAUAGACCAGUUCGAUUUUGAGCUCAAGCCAGUCAAAGGAAAGUACAAUGUGGUUGCGGAUGCUCUAAGUAGGAGAGCUGGUUACUUCGGAGCGAUAGUUCACUAUCUGGAUAUAGGGAGAGACCUGCAACAAAAAGUCAAGGAAGCGUAUGCGCAGGACCCUAUUUAUAGUGAUCUCCUCAAGAGAGUUGAGGAGUUUCCAGAGUCUGAGCGAGACUACCGCACUACAGAUGGGUUACUAUUCGAGAAGACUAAUGUAGCUGACCGUUUAUGUGUUCCCAACAGCGAAGAGAUCCGUAGUCUGAUCUUAGGGGAAUGUCACGACACAGAAGGAUAUUUUGGUUGGCAGAAGACAUUAGCCAACCUUAUUCGCGCUUAUACGUGGCCAGGACCAUAUAGCUUUGAGGAGGUCAGAGUGAUCACGAGCGAGACGCCUUUUUGCGAAAUACGUUUUACACAUGGUCAUCUCGGCCUGCAUGGCCGCUGCCUCACGAGAGCGGAGACACUGCAGGAGUUGCAGGAUAGGGAGGUGAGGAGUGCACUGGAUCCGAUUUUGCAAUCCAAUCCGGAGGUGGAAUGGUUGGCAUGGCAUGAAUUGGAAAUAUGGAUGGAUGAGGCGCUGAUGGAGGAGGCGGCGGUGGACGCGGCUAACGCGCAGGCAGCAGGACUGAGCCAUAGGAGGAAACCUCGGUGGGGAGGAAGACAUCGGCGAAACAUGGCAUGGGAAGGGAGGGAAAAUGACCCCAUGCAGACGGAUGAACCACACUGGUUGCUCGGCAACGAUCUGAGGGAAAGGGGACCGGGGGGGGGAGAAACGGAGAUUGUCCAAUGGGAGGAGGGAGGAGGAGUGGAGCUGGGGAGCAGUCUGGCUGCACAAGCCCAGAACACCAAUAAGGAAGAAGACGGCGGGGAGGAUCAGCUGGAUAAGAGAGAGCAUGUCGCGACGGAAGGCGAGAGGCAAAUAAGGAAUAAGGAAGAGGAGGGGAGAGUAGGGGAUGGGAUCCAGAGGAUACAGCUGGAUGGCAAGGACCUGGAAAAGGGAGCAUUGAGUAUGCAAGAGAAGGGGGAAGAGAGGGAGGACAAGCAAGAGCCUAACUCGGGGGAUUACGGGAUGCCGCUGGAGGGGAUAGUGAGUACUGAAGAGGAGAAUGGAACUUCAAGUACUUCGGGAUCGGAGGUGUCCGAAUCGGACACAUUGGAGACAGGCCAAUCGGACCAACAACAGAUGGAGGAGCAAGAGGAGAGGGUGGAAGAGGAGGAAUCACGAGAAGUAGAUAUGGGAGGGGAGGAGCAAAUGGAGGACUCAACACAAGCAGAGGAGCUGCAGGAAGCUGCCCUAGAGGAUGAGUCGAGUUUUUUCGUCACUGUGACUAUGCGAAAGAUGGCCCCGCUGAUGACGGUGAUGGACCACCCUUUGGAUGAGCAUCAGAGCCAACAGCGUACCACACGGGGGAUUUUGAAGUAUGUGGUAGAUUUCUACUCUCAGCUGGGGACAGAAGAAGAGCAAUGGACCUCAGAGGCUAUGGCCAAAGCACCGGAGCAGGAAGUAUGGAGGCAUUUCCGGAACUGCUUAGACCUGGAGAGUAAAUGUAAAUUGGAAGAAGACAUUGAGCCGGAGGAGGUGGAGAGAGCAAUAGCAGAGCUCCCCCGACUGAAGGCGCCAUGGAUGGACGGCAUGCCGGGUUCUGGAAUUGCUCCAAAUGUGGUUUCAUAUGGCUGCUUGAUUCAGCUAUACUCAAAGGUUGUGUACUCUAUCAUCAUCAAUGGCUUCUGUAAGGCUGGGGACAUGGCAAAGGCUCAGGAACUGGUUUGCAAAAUGAAAGAGGAGGGAACAUAUCCAAAUCACAUGACGUACACUUCAAUCAUUGAUGGGUAUGCGCGUCUUGGAGAUGCAAACGGAGCAUUAGAAACAGUGAAAGCAAUGCGCAAGGCAGGGUAUCGGCCAAAUACGGUGGCGUACAACUGCAUUAUCAAGGGUCUGCUUCACGCAAAGAAUGUGGAAAAGGCAGAGGAAAUCCUGCGAGAAAUGACUGCAGCAGGUGUCAAGCCGGACCUGCACACGUAUACAGUAAUGAUGGACGGCUUGGCAAGGAACGGUCAGAUUGAAAAGGCAUUUGAGUUCUUCCGCAAGGUAAAGGCGGAUGGGAUAAAGGUAGACGAGGUAACAUAUGGAGUUUUGGUGAAUGCCUGUUGCAAAGUAGGCCGUAUGCAGACGGCGCUUGCGCUAGCCAAUGAAAUGCGGCAGGAAAUGGGACUCCGUAUGAACAACAUACUGUACGUCACUCUGAUGGAUGGCUGGGCUCAGCGUGGGGACGUGUGGGAGGUGGCAGACCUAAUGCUUCAGAUGAGAAAUGAGGGGCUCCCUGUGGAUGCGCCGCACUACUGCGCACUUAUAGGUGCUUGCGGUCGAGCAGGAGACAUGCCAAGGGCGAUGGAGACUGUCGCAGAGAUGGAGCGUGUGGGAAUUAAGCCCAGUCUGCGUGUGUUCACAGCACUCAUCACAGGCUGGGCUCGUGUGGGCAAUCCAGCUGCAGCCGUGUCGGUGUACAGGAAACUCAAAAGCCAGGGACUAAAGGCAGACCUUCCCGUUUUUCAUGCUCUGCUGUCGUGCCUGAUAACAAAAGCUCCUCUGCCAGAUGGUGUGUCCGAAAAGGAGAUCCUUAGCGUCUGCGACGACAUGAAGGAUGCCGGAAUCGUUGUGGAUGCCCGGACCGCCUCCUUUUGGGACAUGCAACUCCGAAAGCUUGCAUUGCCAUUUGCAGGAGGUUUUCUCAAUGCUCUGCAGGAUGUUUUCCCCUCUGAUUGGCAGACUGCUGCUGAUCGAAAUUAUGCCGAUGUUGCCAAUGCUGCUGUCGGUCAAAUGGCCGAUGAUAUCCGGGCAGGAAGCUUACUGGAGACAGCAUCAAUGAUGAUGACCAUGGGCAUCACCCCCCUUGCUGGUGAGGGCAGACCACAUGAAGGUGAUGGUGCCAACCGCCAUGUUGUGGACGUUGGGAUGCAGUCUGCUGCUUCACCGCCCGCUGCAAAUGGCUUUCAAGUUUCCUAGCUGGUUCGGGGAAAAGGGAAUUGUGUUUGUCAGGUACUCAUUCUUGACAUUUGAAAUGGACGUUACGAAUGUAAGCAUCCGGUAAUCGUUUUUUUCAUUUCUUGCUCCUUUCUUGUGUCGCAAGGUGCAAUGCACAAGGCUAGGCCUGAAGGCAAUCCAGAGUCGUAUGCAACUGAUAACCCCUAGGGCUGAAGUACCCCUAUGGUUGCAGUAGUAGGGAACUUAUCUUGCAGGAAGUGCAUACACCGCUCGCAUGUGCGGGGUGCCACACACACCGCACUGAUGCAAGGCACCAAAAGCUGACCAAAAGAAUAGCAAUUCUGGGGAGAAAAUGUAAAAUACUUAAAUUGAAAUGUUGCUUUUUUAGCAACUUUUGGCUGCCAAUGAAACCCCAAAAUCUUGCCUUGUUCUAUCAAUUUAGAAAAGUAAAGGAUGAUUGCAAUUCAGUUUUGAACUCUUUAACCUUUUUUCAAUAUUUCCAAAUUUUGGUGUGGUGCACCAGCUUCUGGUGGUGCGGUGCACUGUUGCACAGCAGAUCGUGCAGCCCACCGUGCAAGUGUUCUUCCAGUAGCAGCAGUAAAAGCGCUUCGUUUGA